AUGCCGCGUCUUUACGGAGGAUCCAAGAAGGACUUUGGGCUGCACAACGAGACCGGGCUCUCUCUGCCUGGUCUACACGAGAGCGCUUCGUCAAAGUCCUCGGAGACAACCAGCUAUUACCGAUCCGCAAUGCCCGACUACGACGUGGGAAAACAGCACGGAGGACUCAAGAUCAGCAGCGGUACCGUCUCGCCAGUAAAGCCCUCGGCCACGGAGGAAGUCGGAGAGAAGAAAUCCAAGGGAUGGUUCGCCGGGAAAAGUAAGAAACAGAAGAAGAGCAAUGCUCCAGUGAGCCUCAUAGACAAGGUUGCAAAGUCGAGCGGCAUGGCGCGUCCCUCGCCCAUCCUGCAAGUCCGGGCUUCUGGGCGCCGGGUAGAAGAAGGCAUGGAUCAGUUCGGACGGCCACGAGCGGGGCCGGAGGCGCCUGAAGACGUGGACGUGCGAAUGCAUCUCUCGUACGACGCUCCUGUGGACAUUACCAAAAAUAAAUCAGGAUUAGUGAAACUGAGGCUUCAGCAGCCUGCUGGAAACAAGGAUUCAGAAGUCACCCUGAGGAGGAGCGGUCACGGUUUUGGUCUCCAUCUCUCCACUGGACUACCUCCUAUCACCGUCACUUAUGUGGAACCAGGUGGGGCUGCUGAGUCGGCUGGGGUGUGUGUGGGGGAUGUGGUGCUAGAGGUGAAUGGUGAGAAGUGUGAGGACUGUGAUGUUGCCAAGAUCGUCACUCUCAAGACCAUAAUCCAGCAGACUAACGUUUCCGAGGAUUUAGAUGACGGCGAAGUAGAAACAGUGGGCAGUAAUGGAAUCACGGACACGGCGUGGAACAAGAUCCAAGCCAGGCAACAUCAGGACGAGGAGGAUUCACCUAGACUGGAACUAACACAGAUUGAUGGUGACUCAGAGAAAGAAGAGAUGUUGCAGGAUGGACAAGGAAAAUUCCACGACAAGGCAGGACAAGCGGACAAAGUCCAGAUCAGUGAGACAGAAUGGGAGAGGAUUAGAGGGCAGAGGGAACUGGUUUUCGACAAGAACGCUCCCUCGACCGUCAUCCAGCACCAGGCCAAGAAAAGGGGAGUGUCCUCUGAAACUAAACCUCUCUCGCCCUCUUCCAAGACCACCAAGGAGGCGCCGCAGAAGAGAGAGAGGACGCCCCUGUCGUCACCAGAGAAACACGACACUCCCGAGAAGACAAAGUCGUCAUCCGGUAGAGGGAGUUGGUUCAAGAAGAAAAAGAAAGAGGCAAAGAGUGAGGGCGAGUUCAGAGUUAAGCAGAAGAGUGCAUCACUCCCGAGAUCGCUGACCGGUGCUGUUGUAAAUAGAGGGGUGGGAGAUGGAAAAUCCACUACAAAAGGCGGAGGACUACGGAUGAAAGUGACUAGCAUCGACGAUGUUGAAUUUGGGGAAGAAAAUAGCAGUCAAGUGUCCGAUAGCAUAAAAAAGACUUUCAGCUACGAGGGAGCUCUUCUGCCUCAGUCACCCGAUGGUCAUGUAACCUCACCUGAUGAUCAUGUGACCAGCAGUAUCCCACGGAGUCGGAGCCAAAACGCCAUGUUCAGGGCAACUCUAAUCCAGGCAGUUCAACAGCAGCAGAAUCGGCAGCAUAGUCGCACACCAUCAGACGACAUGACACGCAAUUCCCAGGGCCACAGUCGCUCCAAAUCGUACGAUGCUGCUGAGGAGGUGGGAGGAGGAAGGGGCAUUGAAGAUGGGUCCAGACUUGGUGUGGAGGAGCGUGGUAGCCAGACAGACGUCAGUCACGAGAUGAGAGUGGGUGAGGAGAAGGGAGCAGGGUCAGUAGACGUUGAUCCAAACUUGCGACUGACAAAAUCGGGAGUCGUCAAAGAAGCUGCAAAGCGACCAACACUAGAGGUAUUUGGGUCAGCAAAGAAGGAAGAGGGUGGAGACGAUGAUGCUAUAGAUGGUCCACUGUCUCCAGCCACUCCUGAGUUGCAGGACAAUAAGCCAAUAGAUCUCGGAGCCAUACCCCCCACACAGCCCUCGUUGGGAAGAGCACCAGGCCACACACGUCGGGACCUGGUGGCUCGCAGCUCCGUUAAGAGACGACUGCCCAGCAAGAAAGGCUCCCUAUUCUUCAAGGUGGAUGAUUCUCAGCUGAUGGGCAGAAAUAGGGUGGAGCUGUCUGAUCCUAGCCCCACCCACCGACCCCGUACACACACCAUGCCCGAGAAGGUCUCCAGAAAGCUAAUAGAGAUGCCUCCAGUCUUCUCUCUACCGCCCAGAGACACACACGAGGAAGAGACACCCGGAAGACCACCUGCUGAGACCAAAUCCCACGAGACUCGAAAUAUUCCCAAAGAGCCACUGGAAGGAAACGUUACCACCAGGUCAACACGAGGGAGUGAGAGGGAGAGCACACCGCUGCGUCAAAACUCAAACACGUCAACAACAUCGAGUGCUGAGAUCGUGGCACGUGCAGUAGCUGCAAGGAAGUCGACAUCUAGCGUGGUUAUGGAAGAGGGGGUAAAGGAGGGUGUGGAGGGAGGUGCUGGGAGUGCCAUAUUGGCCAGACUGCGCAAGGAGAGACGAGUCGAGAAGGAGAAGGGCGAGCCAGAGGAAACCAAGACCGAGAAGACCAACUCAGCCUCUGAUUUACGCCAGCGGAGGAGGAACAAGAUGGUGGAGAAACCGGUCAAAUCUCUAGGAAUUGCCAGCGAGUCAGAGGAGGCUGCCAAGCCUUCUCCUGGCUCCACCCCUCCACUGCAGAGACCCACGGUAAGCCUAAGAAAGACGCCAUCUUCAGAGUUCAAACCUGCAGCACCAUCAUCUUCCUCAUCCACCGCCCCCUCCUGGAUUGCUAUGGCUCAGAAGAAGAAGCAGAGAGUGAGUGCUCUACUCAACAGGAGAGAUGGCAGCUCUGCAGAGCCCCAGUCUCCGACUGGAGAGGUGGCGCCUCCCACCCUCUCCCCCACCUCCCCGGCUUCUCCAUCUCCAGCCCCUGUUGCCACACCCACUUCCAACGACAAAUCCACUACUCCCCUUGUCACCAAACCCACAGAACUCACCACUUCCACCAAGACGACGACGAAAACCUCCCCAGCCUCACACUCUCCACCCACCACCAAGUCCACCAGCUUCACCAAGUCCACAUCUCCCCCGACAAGCACCAAACCCACCGCUACCCCCGUCACCAAGAGCACUCCCUGCACACUCACCUCCACUCCAAAGAGCACUUCCCAACCCUCCUCUACACUUGUCACCAACAACACUCCUUCUGCCACCAGCACCAAACACACCUUCCCUCUUCCUGCCUCCCAAGUCACCAAAAGUACACCCUCCACCUCGUCCCCCGUCACCAAACGCACUCCCUCCACCUCGUCCCCUGUCACCAAAAGCACUCCCUCCAUCUCGUCCCCCGUCACCAAAAGCACUCCCUACACCUCGUCCUCGGUCACCAAACGCACCCCCUUCCCCAACUCCACUAAAACUCCACCCACCACCACGAGUGAGGAGGAAGGGCUAGGGAGACCACGUAAAGGUACUGUCAAAGACAGAAUGGCCUUCUUCCAGAAGUAGUAUGAAAAGAACAUUUUUAUCUUCACCAGAUACAUUAUAUACUAUAAUGUUCGAUUUUGAUGUCUAUAUAUAGAAGGAAUUGUAAUGCGUUAGAUUUUUGCACUUUUUUCCAUUUUUACAUACUGUUUAUUUGCAAGUGGA